GUUAAUUUUAACUGAAUGUAAUAUAUGAUUAAAAUAACCUUCAGAAGAUGUGUUUCUGAUGGCUUUAAAUCUUUUUUAAACAAUAUUGAUAGGUAUAAGUCCCUGAGUUAUGCAGAUAAAAAUAAAAUAUUAUCGCAACUCGACUUGAAGGAUGUUGAUCCCAAAGUUAUCUCAGAAAUAAAUAAAAAAUUGGACCUUCCUGAUAACACACAUGUAUCUGAUAAGAAUACUCAUGUAGGAGAAUUCGACCACCUUACCUUCAUAAAAAGGGAAUUGAGAAGAUUAAAGACCUCACCCCUAAAGCGGAAGCAUCUUUUGAGGAAAGAAGUUGCCCUAAAAGGGCCAACCAAGUUUUAUAUGGGCAUUGAUCCGACUAAGGAACUUGACCCUAUUGAAAUAAAGUCACCUUUAUUCUCAUCCGAAAAGGAAUGUGAUUCUCUGGUUUCGGAUGUUAAGAAAGCCUCAAGAUAUGAACUGGUCCAACAAAUUUUAGAGGAUUCACGUCCAAUACCACAGCAUGUUCUAACUGAUAACUUCUUGGAUGUUUUAUCGAGAGCAAUAGAAGAGAAUCUUUCAAAUUUAGAGAGGCCAACCUUGGUUAACGAGCUCUCAGAUUACAGGCCAGCUUACGCCAUGAAAAGAGCUGCGGUCCGAAAUUUACUAGUCAACAAGUGUGUUAGAAACGCUUUUGAGGAGAGUAGAGUAGAGAAGUUCAUCGAUUCUCAGAAGACAAUUUACAAUCAAAGGCUAAAUUCGCCACUGCCACCUGAGGUUUUAGAGCCUUUAGUUGCCUUUAGAGGCGAUGUUUACUAUUCAUUUUCGCCUAUGAAACGGCUUCAGCAGAAGUUAAAUGGAAUUAAUAUACUAGUUGACUCGAUUUCUAAGGGUGAGGAUGUUUUGUCAAACCUCCCCGAAUUUUCCAGAAAAACUGAUUACCCAUUUAGUAACUAUUACGGAUUCAAAUCUUCAGUUCCAAAUGAGGUAACAGGUUCUAUACGGAUGGGAAAGGAGAAUAGAGAUGACGAUUUGAGGUACCCAAAUCUCCAGUGUGUGGCCCAUUCUCUCCCUAAGGACCCAAAGUACAGAGCAAUAGUAUCGCAUUCCAUAAAGGUUUUUGAGAGAAGCAAGGGAUGGGAUCAAACCAGUAAAAUAAAGGCCAUCAAUAGACUAAUUAAUGUGUACAACAAUAUGAGUUCUUCCUAUUACUACUCGAGGGUGAUGGAAAAGUCAGUUCCAACCGAAGAUUCUAGACCUAAGGUCAUAAAAACCUUAACUAGGCAGGAAGUGUUUAAUAAAGGACUUCGCUAUAUCAAAUCUCUCUUCAGGAAUCACUGGAACCGCCCUAAGCGCAAAUAAUUAAUUCCAUAUUCUUUUUAA